CGACUGCAGUCAUGUUGAGGAUCGUGUUGUUGAGUGCGCUGGUGGCCCUGGCUCUGGGGGAGCUGAUGCCCGAGCCCAGGUAUCUGGAACAUUCGCAGAGAGUGGUGGGUGGUGAGGUGGCACAGGCUAACUCCUGGCCUUGGCAGAUCUCACUGCAGUACCUGAGCGGCGGUUCCUACUAUCACACAUGUGGAGGAACUCUCAUCAAGAGGCGCUGGGUGAUGACCGCUGCCCACUGUGUCGACAGCCAGAGGACAUGGCGUGUGGUGCUGGGAGAUCACGAUAUUUACAACCACGAGGGUAAGGAGCAGUACAUGAGCGUCAGCGCUGUCUACAUCCACCCUCAGUGGAACAGCAACAACGUGGCUGGAGGGUAUGAUAUCGCUCUGCUGCGCCUGUCUUCCGAUGCCUCCCUCAACUCAUACGUACAGCUGGCAGCUCUGCCCCCAUCCGGCCAGGUCCUGCCCAACAACAACCCCUGUUACAUCACCGGCUGGGGCAGAACUCAGACUGGUGGUCAGCUCUCUGCUAAGCUGAAGCAGGCUUACCUGCCCGUGGUGGACCAUCAGACCUGCUCCAGCAGCGGCUGGUGGGGCAGCACAGUCAAGACCACCAUGGUGUGUGCUGGAGGCAGCAGUCUGUCCGGAUGCCAGGGUGACUCCGGCGGCCCCCUGAACUGCCAGGUCAAUGGACAGUACGUUGUUCACGGUGUGACCAGCUUCGUUUCCUCUCUGGGCUGCAACACUACAAAGAAACCCACCGUCUUCACCCGCGUCUCCGCCUACAGCAGCUGGAUCAACAGCAUCGCUUCAUAAACUGGAUGGAAAUUCAGAGCUGAGAAGAACGACUGAAAUCAUCGAUACAUCAUUUAUUCUGUUCUGCUCACUGAUAAUGCACCAAAGAUUAAAAAAUAAACAGUCUAAAUCUGAUUAAAUCAAA